CAGGGAGGAACAGCUACAGGUCAAACAGCCUAUGUCACCGUGUAUGCCCGUACAAGUGUACGAGGGAUACAGAUCUGACUGUUCGCCAACGAUGACAGCAAAGCAGUGUGCUGAGAUUAAAGACGUUGAAAGUAACCCUUCUGCUAAUGUUGCAUGUGCGUGCGGCUCCUCUAAGAAUCUGGACCAAGGACAACCUCAAAAUGGACGUAGAUGUCCCAAUCCUCCAUCUGAAGAAAUUCCCAAUGCUGCUAUGACAGAAAAAUCAGAUUCAAAAGAAGCAGGAAGUACGCCUACAAAAACAUUUAAUUCCGCAGACUGUCAAUCAGGGUCGUGCAACAAGGAGAACAGAUUACCAGAACAUCCCAAGUGUGAAGGGGCGCCACCUUGUGUUGCUAAUGGAACUGCGUCACAGACACCAUGUGCAGAGGCCACAAACGAGCCAAAAAUUGAUCUUGGUGCCAGGCCGAAAGAAAAAAAGCCAGGUGACUGCGUCGACAGAAGCAAACUUUCUCCAUCCUUCAAACAUAGGAGUGUGUCCGACGGACAUGUCUGUAUCUCCCGGCGCUAUAACGAUGACGGCAGUCCCCCGCCACUUCCACCCAGAGAUCCAAGUCUUUUCCAGAGACUUUUAAACUCCCGCGGGCCACCUGUGGCGGACGUAGAAGAAGAUGAAUUUCCGACGCACGAGUUUCUACCAGAGAUGGAUCACCCGCCAGUCUUUGACGAAGCAUCCCUUUCCUUAGUAGAGAGGGAGACGUUUCAACGUGACUUGCUGACCAACGCUAUUCAACAUCGGCGCUCUCUCGAGUUUGUCACGGAAGUCAAUAGAGAUUCCACGGUACUGGUUGGGGGAAGACGGCGAGAAAGUUGUGGCGAGAACUCUCCGAAUGGAGUAGACUCAAACCGCCAGGUGCCUCCAUCAAGCCCAAACUCCCUCAUGCCUCCGCCCCUUUCCGUGGGCCACCCCCAGGCAGGGAGUAGCCGUCCAGGCGACUACCACGAUGUCGUUCUGCCAGCAAGAAAUGCCAGACCAACCAGCUUGUACCAGAAUACCGGUAGCAACUACGUAAACACGGGGAAUUAUGCUGGGAAAAUGCCGGAGUCGCCAGGGCCAAGGUCGCCCAAGUCACCGAAAAUCUUACAAAGGGAUUACGAAGACAGCAGAAACCAGGAAGCAAACUUCAAGAAAAGGAUGUCGGUUUGGCUUGAGACGUGCAAGAAAAACUUGGACCCCAGGAAGCGGCACUCUGCGAGUGACCUAAAGUUGGCGAACCGUCCGCUACCUGACUUGCCACCAGUAGAAGCAAUGAAACCUCCGCCAAACCCUGCUGUGUAAGUAGUCUUUUACAUUUUUUACUUUUCAGAUUUUGACUUAAUGAUAACUGUCACUGGUAGUGUGAAAAGAAAAGGGAAAAAUACCUUAUGCCAUCAUGUUUUAGCAGUAUGAAGUUACGACCGUGCAUUUUUUUAUUUUGUAUACAUCACAAACUCUGUUGUUACUGUUUCAAGUGUGUAAUUGUCAUGUCCAUGCAUGAAAUGUAUAUGGUUCUGUGUGUGUGUUAUGUGCGGCAGAAACACGCAUCAUCCAAACUGUAAUUUCUGUGUAACAUUUGUAGUGUUGACCUGUUACAAUAAGCUUACAGAUAGACCACAUUUAAAUCAUUAGUUGUCUAGGUAAUUUUUUCCACGUUAUUUUAUACUUGGGUCUUUUUCUUCUCUAAAGUAUUGCUAUCAUAGCUUUACCAACAGCACACAAAUCAAAUCAACUUAAAUGUAGGAAUUUUUCCUUUUAGAGUCACACAUACUGAUAAAGAGUAGACGCCAUUAUGUUGGAUUUAGAUUGUGACCUGUCUGUCAAGCAGUAAAAAUAGG